AAACCUAUAAUUUUAAUAAUGUCUGGCACUUGGGCAAAAGUCAGAUCUCCGAUAAUAUAAAUGCAGUAAAAUAUAGGGACACAGCAGCAAAGUUGCAUACUAAAAGUUCUGCAUAAAAGGCCUAAGCCAUCACAGCUCGUACCAACUAAAAUGGCAGAAGUCAAGCUCUUUAAGACAUGGUCAAGCUUUUUUGCUUUGAGGAUAGUUUGGGCACUGAAGCUCAAAGAUGUCCCCUAUGAUACCAUCCUUGAAGAUCUUUCAAACAAAAGUCCUUUGCUUCUUCAACACAACCCCAUUCAUAAGAAGGUUCCAGUGAUUGUGCACAACGGAAAAUCAAUUGCUGAAUCUCUUGUAAUCCUUGAAUACAUUGAGGAAACAUGGAAACAAAACCCUUUGCUGCCCCAAGAUCCUCAUGAUAGAGCCGCUGCACGAUUUUGGGGGCCAAAUUUGGUGAUGACAAGAUGCUCUAAGGACACAUUAUGCAGUGAAGGGAAAGAGCAAGAGGAAGCUAUAGUGAAAGCAAAGGAGAACUUGAAGUACUUGGAAGAAGAGCUAAAGGGAAAGAAAUUCUUUGGGGGAGAGCAAAUUGGAUUUACAGAUAUUGCGCUCGGAUGGCUUGCACACCAUGAGAACGUUUUUGAAGAGGUAGCUAAUGUGAAGCUGAUAGUGGAAGAUGAGUUCCCAUUGUUAUCAGAAUGGCAAAAGACUUUUACAGAUGUUCCUAUGAUCAAAGAGAAUUGGCCUCCUAGAGACAAACUUGUCACUAAAUUUCAGGCUAUCCGUGAGCGUGGACUUGUCAAGAAGCUAAAGAAUGCACUUAAAUGAAAUGGUUUUUACAAUAGAGAUGGACAUGA